UUAAUAUGAACAAGCACUUGGCGCUCUUAUUGAAAUUCCUUUGUUAUGAUAUCAAGGAAAUUGCAAAGUCAAAACAAAGACGUUUUGUUGUUAAAAACAACGAAAUAUUUUCUCUUAUUUUACUAAUCCUUCUAUUUGUAUGGUCAAAGCAAUAGAGACAAAAUGACGCGAAUUAUACAUAAUCGAAGUAAACAAAAAUCAUUUAAUGCAAACCCAGUAGGAAAUAGAAUUGGAAAUAGUAUUCUCACAGUUUACAAAUAUAUCUACAUAAAUAGAAUACAAAAAUCAACAAAUUUUAAAUGUUUUACUUGUGAAAGAAUGUUUUUAUUACAAAAACUGGGUUUUAGUACGGAUGUUUGUCUGAUAUUUUAAAAUAUAAAACUUUACAAUAAAUAUUUUAUGCUGAUAUAUUUUUCUCGAACAAAAAUUUUAAACAAUUUUAUGCCUGAAUCGAGGAAUUUUCAACUGCUUAAUCAAUGUGAUAUAAUUACUAUUGUAGCAAAAUCUAUUAUGGAUUGUGGACUUAUAAGUCUCUUCGAUUCCGAUGAGGGAUGUAACGAAGCAGACAAAUACAAUAACAACCGUCCAGUUCGUGGCAAUGGAUCAUCAAAGAUUCGGAAAACUUCUGUAAAAGUAAAAGGUGGCACACAUAAAAGAGCCAGUGAAAGCGGAAGCAGUAGUAGCAGUGAAGGAGAAAUAGAUUUGCAAAAUAAUAAAAUUAUUAUAGAUUUUGAUCAGGGCAUUUUACCACCCGAACCACAAUUGGGAAAUAUUGAGUACAAACUGAAAUUAAUUAGUCCAUCAAAGCAUCGCUUCGAACAUCUUGUAACUCAAAUGAAAUGGAGACUGCGCGAAGGAAAUGGUGAAGCUGUUUACGAAAUCGGUGUAUCUGACUCAGGCCACUUACAUGGGCUUAAUGAAAAAGACAUGAGUGCCUCCUUGGCCACACUUAAGCAAAUGGCGCAAAAAUUAGGGGCUAGUACCUCAGUUUUACGACGAAAAUAUAUAGCAACACGACGAUCCGUUGCCGAAGUUUUAGUUCGUAAAAUACCUGAUGAUCAACAUAAUAUAGAAAUUCGUGUUGCUGUACUAGGGGGCGCGGAGGCAGGGAAAUCCACACUACUAGGUGUGCUUACGCAAGGUGAAUUCGACAAUGGCCGUGGUUUGGCACGACUUAUUAUGUUUAGACAUAUGCACGAAAUACAAUCGGGUCGAACUUCAAGUAUUUCACACGAAACUCUUGGCUUCGAUUCGCAGGGCACAAUCAUAAACUACAAAUAUAAUGAAUUGACGACUGCCGAGGAGAUUAGCGACCGCUCCACAAAACUGGUAACGUUUCUAGACUUGGCUGGUCAUAGACGCUACAUGCGAACAACAGUGCAGGCACUGUUGGGCUACUCUCCGCACUAUGCCAUGUUAGUAGUGUCAGCAGGCAGCGGUUGUACUGGUACUAGUAAGGAGCAUCUGUCUAUUGUUCGAGCCUUGGAUAUGCCCUUCUUCAUCGUGGUUACCAAGACCGAUAUAACCAGUCCGGAACAAACAGUACAAGAAUUAAGGCAAGUUCUUACAUCAGCAGGAUGUCGGAAGUUGCCAUUUAUUGUCACAAAUGUCGAUGAGGCUAUCUCAGCAGCAUCUAAUCAAGUUACCGAAAAUAUUGUUCCCAUUUUUUGUGUUUCAAACGUGACAGGAGCAGGACUUAGUCUCGUUACAAAGUUUCUCUACGUUCUAUCACCCAGCAUUAGUAAUCUGGAAAAAGAACGUCUAGAACAGGAACCAAGUGAGUUUCAUAUUGAUGAGAUUUUUCGAGUAACCGAAGUUGGUCCAGUAGUUGGCGGUUUACUCGUAAAAGGAGUACUAACGGAAAACAUGCAAAUGAAAAUUGGACCUUUACAUGACGGUAGCUUUCAUACUGUUAAUGUGCACACAAUUCAUCGGAACAAAGCUCCAUGUAGAAUGGUACGAGCGGGGCAAAGUGCCUCUUUAUCAUUUAUCCCAAACCAGACGCUGCCACCACUUAGAAGUGGAAUGACGUUGUUAGGCGAUACUGGCGAUCCUGAAGAGGAACCAUACGGUACACUCCUUUUUCAAGCGGAAGUGUCUGUUCUCUUUCACGCUACAGCAAUUUACGUAGGCUUUCAGACAACUAUACACAUAGGCAGCAUACGGCAAACUGCAAUUAUUCGAGCAAUAGAGGAGCGUGAAAAAAUGGGUACCAAUGAUAGUGCUUUGGUUUUGUUUGAAUUUGUUGGGCAUCCUGAGUAUGUUCGACCGGGCGUACGGAUGUUAUUUCGUGAAGGGACAAGUAAGGGCAUCGGUGUAGUUACAAAAGUUUUCCCUCUCAACAAAUCAGCCGGAUAGAUUUAUUUCAAAAUUAAACUGAAACUUGACUUGAGAAGUAGUAAGGUAUUAUAAAUGUUACAUUUACCUAUACCUCAAUCACUAUUAUAUAAUUACAUUUUUAUAAUCUGCACAUAAUUGAAUGUGGAUUAAAUUUUUACGAAAAUACUUCAAACAAG